AUGACUUUCUUCAGCUUUGUGUUUUUGUCCAGUUGUGCAGCUGCAUCUGUCGGGCUCCCUCAACUUGUGGAAAAGGCCAGGGUUGAUUUGGAGUCCUCUGCCAUUGGACCAGAAGAACCUUUUCAAGCUCGAGUCAAGGUCGUGCAGCUGGACCCUCAUUCCCUGGCCCAUUCUGGAUUCUUCAGAAAAGGUCUCACCCAGAGAAGAGCCCUUUCCCACAGCUCCAGACCACUCUUCCCUUUGUUCCUGUCCCAGGGCCGACCAGGUCCGGCUCCAGCUGUCAAGGCCCCUGUGAGUCCAUCGCAAAACCUGAUGGCCACGGAGCUGAAGAAGAAAGGUCUGCAGAUGUGGCAAAAAGUGGCAGAAAAAAAAGAAAAGAUGUCUCUGCCUGUCAGCUUGAAAGAGAGCAAACAAACAUGUACUUCAGUGCCUUUUACCCAGCAUGUGACAGCACACGGAUGCCAAACGGUGAUGGUCCACAACAAGCUGUGUUUCGGUCAGUGCAGCUCCCUCUUUGUCCCUUCCCAGGGGGAGUCUGCCGAGCUGAGUCGAGAAAUGGGGGCCUUCCACCGCCGGGGCCCCUGCUCCCGCUGUGCUCCCUCCAGAGCCCACACCAUCCCUGUGCUUCUGCAGUGUGGAGCCGUGAGCCGGGAGGAGCGAGUGAUGGUGGUGGAGGAGUGCAGGUGUGAGACGAGCCGGGAGGAGAGAAGCACCGAGGCUGCUGCACAUCUGGAACCAUCUGUAGACGCCCCUUACGUGCAGAUCUGA